AAGUGCUUCCGGGGCCGCGGCGGCGGGGCCGAAAGCAGCUUGGCGGGAUGAGCGGGGCGCGCGGCGGAGCGGCGCGGACGCUGCGGGUGCCGGGCCGUCACGGCUACGCGGCCGAGUUCUCCCCGUACCUGCCGGGUCGCCUGGCCUGCGCCACCGCGCAGCACUACGGCAUCGCGGGCUGUGGAACCUUACUUGUUUUGGAUCAGGAUGAAUCUGGGCUUAGGGUUUUUCGAAGCUUUGACUGGAACGACGGUUUGUUUGACGUGACCUGGAGCGAGAACAAUGAACAUGUCCUUGUCACCUGCAGUGGCGACGGCUCGCUGCAGCUCUGGGAUACCGCCAAAGCCGCCGGGCCCCUGCAGGUCUACCGAGAGCACAGCCAGGAGGUGUAUAGUGUUGAUUGGAGCCAAACCAGAGGUGAACAGCUUGUGGUGUCUGGCUCAUGGGAUCAGUCUGUCAAAGUGUGGGACCCAACUAUUGGAAAGUCUCUGUGCACCUUUAGAGGCCACGAGAGUGUCAUUUAUAGCACAAUCUGGUCUCCCCACAUCCCUGGUUGUUUUGCUUCAGCCUCAGGUGACCAGACUCUCAGAAUUUGGGAUGUGAAGACAACGGGAGUCAGAGUUGUGAUUCCAGCCCAUCAGGCAGAAGUUUUGAGCUGUGACUGGUGUAAAUACAAUGAGAAUUUGCUGGUAACAGGGGCGGUUGAUUGUAGUUUGAGAGGCUGGGACUUAAGAAAUGUACGACAACCAGUGUUUGAGCUUCUGGGUCACACCUAUGCCAUUAGGAGAGUGAAAUUUUCACCAUUUCACGCUUCAGUACUGGCCUCUUGCUCUUAUGACUUUACUGUAAGAUUCUGGAACUUUUCAAGGCCUGAUCCUCUUCUUGAAACAGUGGAGCAUCAUACAGAAUUCACCUGUGGUUUAGAUUUAAGUCUUCAAAGCCCUACUCAGGUGGCUGACUGUUCUUGGGAUGAAACAAUAAAGAUAUAUGAUCCUGCUUGUCUUGCUGCUCCUGCUUGAGAUCUACGAUGGUCAGAAACGGAGGAAGCUGUGUGAAGAACAGCUUAACAGCAAAUAAAUUAACUAUUGCAGGCACAGCUGUUACGCUUUUACAUGUGCUAUUUCAGAUUUCAACUUUUUCAGAUUUACCCUGGAAUGCAUUUUAAGGCAGCUGACACAGACUUUGGCUCAUCCAGGCCUGGUACAUAAGCCAUAUUUCUAAAAUUUCUAAGAACUAAUUAAUGUCAUAAUGUCUAUUAAAAUGUAAUCUCUGUUGUAAAAUGGACUAAAGUAUGGGAGAUCAGUAGAUUAUAUUGAUAGUGAUAUAUUUCAUUCUUAAUUUAUGUCACUUCUGAUGUAAAAUAUAAUCACUGCUGUUGAUAAAAUCAAAAUAAACUACAUCUCUUGAUCAUUUA